CAUAGCUGCAUGUAUACUCGAUGGCGAAUUGAUGGCAGACGAUUUUAACUCAAAGUUAAAGCGAUUGGAGUAUAAUUAUCUCAAAGUUAAAGCCAUUGAACACUUGGAAGUUUACUUAGAUAGUGGACAUGGCGAUCUGAACCGAGUGAAAAAACUGUUCGACAAACUUGUACCAAAUCUAAAGAGAAAGAAAGUUACAACUGUAGAGGAGUUGGUACAGACCCUGGAAGACAGUAACUUCAUCCAUAUAGAUGAUGUAUCACUUUUAAGACGCUUAGCGUCUACUUCCGCUUUAUUCUCAGGGCUAUCGAAUCGAUGGCGGACGAUUAUAACUCGAUGCUAAAGCAAUUGGAGUAUAAUGAUCUCAAAGUUAGGGCCAUAAAAUGCAUGAAAAGCUACUUAGAUGGUGGAAAUGACGAUUUGAACGGUCUCAAAAGCCGUUUCUGCAAACUUGUACCAGAACGAAAAAGAAAGAAAGUUACAACUGUAGAGGAUUUGUUACAGACCCUGGAGGACAGUAACGUGAUCCAUAUAGAUAAUGUACUAAUUUUAAGAGACUUAGCGCGUCUGUUAGAACUGAAGGAUCUACAAGAUAUCAUUGAUGAGUAUGASUUUAAUCAUUGUGCAGGUUAUAAGAAAGUGUUUAAAGUUUUAAAGAAACUACCAGGAAUAGCAUACCGGACUGCAGCUGUCGGUUUGAAAACUAUUAUAUCUAGUUCCACAUUUGUCAAAGUAACCGCUGUUUCGGGUGUACUUCUUACUGUAUUGCACAACACUCCAGACGCAUUAGAAUCCAUACAAAAGGUUUUACCACUGGCGAUAAAACUUCUUGGAGUGAGAGAAGGUUCUAUUAGUUUUAUCGUGAAGUCAUCCAGUUUGUCAGCCCUAAGAGAACUGUGGUCAAGCUAUAAGGAUGGAUCACUUCAAGAAAACAUCAGAAAAGCUCUGAAUGGCAUCAAAGAAGUCAGAGAAGUUUUUAAUGAAGAGGAUAUUGACGUGGAAGUCACCAUUGACGAGGAUGAAUACAGGGAUGCAUGCUGGGACGCCGUUCUCCUACAAAUGGCAGAUCGAUUCAAGCAGAUUGAAGAGAGUUCCUCUGUAGGCAGAGAACAUAGGCACUCGUCAUGUGACAUGGAUUUACCCAGARYYACMAUGACCGRKYUGGCCUGGAGCGAUUGGAUUAACGUUAGAGAAAUCUACAACGAAUCAAGGAUAGAAUCAAACAAGAGAAGAAAAGCAGAAAAGAAAGUUGCCGAGCUAGCACGCGAGUUACACAUCCUUGAGAACGAGAAACAACCCUUAGUAAGUGAGAGGAUUGUUCAGUUACAGAGUGAAUUACAGAGAAUCCAGCAUGAACGAGAAGAAGUGAACAAGGAAAAUGUGAGUUUGAAGAACAAGUUUGACGAAGCAACAUCAAAACUGCUUGCAGAUCAAGAGUUUCUCAGCAAUCAAUUAGAUCCUUUGUGGAAAACCAAACCAGAAGAAUUGUUAGAAGUAUUUCAGCAGCUGACAACUGAUCUAAUUGAAAUAGUCAGCAAUACUGAGCUAAAUGUUGAUGUAUUGAUUAAAGUGAUGCAGGAAGUUGCAAAGGUAUUAGUAAGAGCACCAUGGCAUCGCCUUUAUGGUAGUACCAAAAUGUCAAGUAUAGUAACUAUGAUGACUUUGGUUAGGGAGCGACUUAUUAACCAUCCUGACCUGAGCACUGAUGAAUUGAUUCAAGUGAUGCAGGAAAACACUAAAUUACUGGAGAAUCUACGAUGGUAUCACCAAGAUGAAGGAAGUACAAUGAAGCUGUUCUCAGGUAUAGUAACUAUGAUGACUUGGGUUGCUGAGCAACUUGUUAAGCAUCCUGACCUGAGCACUGAUGCUUUGAUUCAAGUAAUGCAGGAAAACACUAAAGUACUGGAGAAACUACCAUGGUAUAUCUUUGAUUAUGGAAGUAAAAUGAAGCUGACCUCAGGUAUAGAAACUAUGACGACUUGGGUUGCUGAGCAACUUGUUAAACAUCCUGACCUGAGCACUGAUGCUUUGAUUCAAGUGAUACAGGAAAAUACUAAAGUACUGGAGAAACUAUCAUGGGAGAACAUUGAUGAUGGUAUUAAAAACAGGCUGACGUCAGAUCUGGAAAGUAUGAUGAAUCAUGUAAUUCAGCAUUUAUCUAAACAUCCCGAGAUCAGUAAUGCCGUUUUUCGUGGUAUACUUUGCAUCAGUGGAGCUAUUUUGAAGAAGAUUAGUUGGACUGAUCUUAACAGUGAUUUGCAGAACAAUGUGCUCUCUUGUUUGGCCGAGCUGAUGAAAUUAGUGUCUGAAAGAGCUCCUGACCAUGGCGUUCGUGAAGUACUAACUGACGCCGUAUCUAUUGUUCUUGCGAUGUCAUCUCUACUCCCACAGUCUUCUGAUAUUACUUCACGAUUACAGUCACAUCUUGAAGCCAUGGUAGAUUCAGUUGAGGAAGGACGUGCUCUGGGCUCCUACGAUUUGAGUGAAGUGACAGCCAUGAUGACUGAUGCAUUACAUAAACUGAAGCCUGGCAACAAACUCUCAUCUGAAGCGUUACUGGUCAUUUUGUCAAUAGUGUCUCGUAUUACCAAAGAUGAACUAGUAAGAUUAAGGUGGGAUAGCGGCGUCAUUGUAAAGAGACAUUUGAUGUCCCUUCUACAGGAAAUCAGACGUUUUCUACCCGAAGAUCUGCCGGCUGCUUCUGAUGUUACAGAGCUAAAAUCACAAGUAGAUAGCCAUGUUGACACCCUGGAUCGAGUGCUGCUUCAAUUCAAUGAUGUUCAAGUGAAGAGUACAGACAGUGAUCAGCCGUUUAUCCUUGAUGAAGUCGUCAGCGGUAUCAAGGAAGAGCUGAGUAAGCUGAAGAAAGAGUUGGCAAACAUGAUUCGCAUCUUUGAAAGGAAAUCAGAGCAUGGACAUGAAUUCAAAGAAAGUAUUCAAGCAUUGGUAAGACUACUCGAAGUCCAACAAGGAAGACUUCCUUCUAAGACAUCGGCAAUGUUGAAGGAAGAAGUGACUUCUGAACCUUCUGAGGCAACAAUGUUGUUCAAGAAAAAAAUGACUUCAGGACCCUACUAUGAGAUGUCCGAGACCUCAGGCCCUUCUGAGACAAAAUCAAAGGAAAAAAUGACAACAGUACCUCAGCUGCAUGAAGACGAACCGAUCCCUUAGGAUCUCUUAGUGGAAGUGGUUGACGGAAAAAGAAACCUAAACAGUUAAAUCAAAAGUUAAUUACAGUAUUGAAACAAUAGAGUAGUUGAAUCGAGAGCAAUAUGCUGUGAGAGUUGCAGGCGGAAACUGGAUGUUUCGAAAAAAAAUUAUUGUCGCCCCAGACGUGUAGUUCGAGGACGACUAUAAAGAUUUGAGGAAUAUYCAGUUUCCAAGGGCAACUAUCAUAUUAAUGCUCAAGUUGCAAUCUGCUCUAUCGUUUUCAUUUAUUUUCUAAGCAGCACUGAUAGAAACCCUCAACCAAUGAGAGGAGAGAGGAAAAUUUGUUGUUGAAUUAUAUAUGGAUACUCUCAUUCUCUCCAUGCGACUGCUUCGUUGGUUUCACGCAUCAAAUUUCUGAAGUUAAAACCGUUCAUUGAUACUAAAAAUAUGUAAGGCUAACACUUUUAACUGCUACCGUGAUAUUUGUGGGUUUCGAUUGUACAUCGUUUUAAUUCAACAACAAACCCUCCGCUCUCAUUGGUGGAGAGGUUACAGUUUAAAUCCGGGCAUUAUGCCGUGAUAGUUGCCCUUGGAAACUGGAUGUUCCUCAAAACUUCAUAAAGUCGUCCUCCAACUACACUUCUUGGGGCGACUAUUUGUUUUUCAAAAAAUCCAGUUUCUUCKGUCAGCUAACACUGCAUAAUGCACCUGAUUCAACUACUCUUUGAAUAGAGAAUGAGCUAUUACCGAAAUUAAGCUGUCUCAACAAAGAGGAAAGCACUUCUUCAUCUCCUUUACCUUUAAUUCACAAUUUGUGCUCUUUUUUAUAGCUGAAAUAGUAUUUUAUAGUAUGACCGUUUAGUCACCCUGAGGCUUGGUGUCCAAACUAGAUUUUCACAGAGCAUGUUUAGACUGGUUUCCGACAACUUAAGACAAAAAUGAAUCAGUCACCUCAAUAUUCAUUUUAUGAUAUUUUGUAGUUUGAAUGUACAACAGUGUGAGUUAGAAACACACUUAGUCCACUUAGAGUAGGCUCCUUAUUUCGUAGUAUUGCUAGAAUUCAUACCUGUAGCGAGGUAUCAAGGAGCAAUUGUAGUAUCAUCAAGAAAUCUUCAACUUAUUAUAUUUCUAUAUCGUGUAGUGUUAACGAUUAAAAUAUUUCACAUUCAAAAAAAGAUAAAGAGAACCACGAUGUAUACAAUACAGCGGUACUUAGCUUAAAAACGUUGAGUACUCAGGAAUAUUGUGAUAUGUCUUGUUGGUCACUCAUCGUCGCUAUUGGGAGUUUUAUUAGUACGUACUGCAUGUUUUAGACCACGUGACGUCCAGYUCCUAACAGUAGUGGAAAACAUAAACCAAAAGCACUUUUUUAGAAUCGACGUGGAGACCACUAGACCAGUAGCAACAAAACAUUUUUAUCUUGUCCAGGAAWGCAUUAUGCAGCAUCAYAGUAYKCAGUACUUUUUCAAAUAACUUCAUAUUCAAUAUAGGUAGAGGUAAUCUUAGAUAUUCUAUAGGUUAGUAAGGUACACUAGUUUUUAUGAGCUACAACAACACAAUAAAAUUGUAUUUAUACUAAAUCUUAUAAGUAAAACUUAGUACCAUAAAUGUGGUUGAGAUAAAUUUUAAUACAUAUUAUGAUAUUUGUAGUGUAAAGUAAGUCAAGUAAAGCAUGUCUGAUGUCGCUCAGUUUAUUAAUAUUGGUGACUUUGCUUCUAUAGAAAACAAGCACUAUAGGUGUAGACACAAAUUUGCAACAUUUAUUCGUACAAAAUAGAGCUAAUUUUCUAUUGUUUUAUGCUAAGUAGUGGUAAACAUUUUAACRCAACCAAAACGAAACUAUAAAGCACUGGAAAAAAUUGCGCGCUUUAAAGGUUGUAAAUUUGAUGGAAAUAUGAUGUACGUGUCCAAAAUGAUGGAAAUUUGAUGGGAAUGAUUUACAUCAAAUUUACAACCUUUAAAGCACGCGAUUUUUUCCAGUGAAGGUUCGUAGUAGAAGUCAUCAAGUCAUUGUCCUAGAGUUUAGAGGUCUGCGAUGUUUGGUAAAUUGCAUUAUGGGAAAGUGACUAAGUUUUUGUACGUCAACAGCAAUACUUUUUUCUCACAGACUGAUUGUUGAGAUACUGAGUGUACAGCUUUUACUUGACAAUGAAUACUGAUACUCAUUUUUAACCGGCAUUCAAUAUGCASGGGUUAUUUUAGAUUUUUCAUAUAUGAAAAAUGAGGUGACUUCAAAUAUUUAUCCCCAAUCCUUUUCCAUCCAGCAUCGGAAGAUCACAAUAUCGCCAUAGGAAUAUCUCCAUUAGGAAAUGAAAGAAUAAUAAAGAGAAAGUUCAGUGCUGAUAGAGUCAUCACACUUGUACCGUGAAAUAUUAUCAAAAU